GUUUUUAUUUUUCAAAAUUUGCAUCUAGAUAUAAACAAUUUUUACGUUAUGUUGAUUAUAAGUGCUAUGAUAUUUAUUGAACAACUUCAUAAUAUUUGAGAUAUUUCAAACGAUAAUUCAGUAGGUUAGUUGAAAUGUAGUCAACCAGUAUCUAGAGCUAGUUUUCAUCUUUCCAAGAUACUCUUUCCACAAUCAAAAUGCCUAGUCCAAAAGUGUAUCUCAAAGUAGGUUGUACUACUGUAGCAGUAACUAGCAUUGCUUGGGUAUUUAGUCAAAUAAAAGGCACAAAAAAUAUAUUGAAUAAUGCCGUUGAUUUAUCAAUGCUCAACCUUCUUGAAAGUAAAAAGGAAAGUAUUCCAAUAACCCCCAUCAUAAACUUGGAACCAGAAUAUAUCACCCUCAAUCAUUUGAAAAUCGAUAAAAGGCCUAGAUUUUUAUUAUGGGAAUCGUUGAAAUUCAUGUUGGCUCAGAGAUUGAUCGGACUGAGUCACAGUGAAAAUGAUUUUGUCCGGAUGAAAGCCUUAGAUACUCUGGCAAAGUUGCAAAAUUUCAAUCAAGGCCACUAUUCCUUACUAGCCAAUAUGAUUGAUAAACAUGCCGCCAUACAACUUGCCAGGAUUAAAAAUGUCAAUAUGAAAUUGUUCAUAGAACCUCCUCUAAAGUAUCUCAAAUACACUGAACGGAUGAUCGUUAAUGAAAUCAAAGAGCUACUUUUCAAUUUAUCAGAUAUGUGCACUCAUAAGUGUUUAGAACAGUUGAUCUCCAAGGCCUUUUUCUCAGUAGAGGAGACAAGUAGAUUAGUAGACAAUGAUUCGAUACCAAUGGAAAUGGUCAAGUUGGGAGAGAAUGAACAGAACGUGCUUCCGAUAUGUUUAGAAGCCCUCCUCCAUCACGCCAGCAUCGAAACUUUCGGAAAGGACGUUGUCAAGAUGAACGCCUUACCGUUACUAUCUGAAAUACACAGUAGGUACAGGGGGGACUUGAAUAUUAACGUUGCCCUGAGCAAGAUCAUCUCUUAUCUCUCCUUUCACAAGGAAAUCAUCGACGAGUUGUACAGAACAGGAUGGAUAGGCAUAUUGGCCGAGUGGAUGAAACACGAAGACGUCAGGAUAUCGAUUCCGGCGGCGCGAGCCUUGGCCAACUUGGAAAACAAGGAAGAAUUGUACAAGCGGCAUCUGUAUCUGUUACAUCCGAGCUACGCGGGAUGCAAGGAACCCAAGGUGGACGUGGUGUUCGUCCACGGGCUCCUAGGCGGAGUUUUCUUCACUUGGCGCCAGAGAACCAAGACUGAUUUAACCAUAGGUCUGAUGGGUAAGGGUCCACAUUCUUCUCAACCUCGAAACGAAGAGUCGCUCUCGCAAACCCUCUUCAUGCCCGGCAUCCGCAAGAAAUCCAAGAAGACCAUCGAGAGCAGCGAACCGCGGACGAUGCAAUACAUAAGGGAUUUCGAAGAGGAGGACAUGAACGAAGCGCGGGACUUCGAGGUGGUGCUGGACGACAUACCGACCGCGGGCGACUGCGCGGCGAACUGCGCAUACACGUGCGGCGGCGACAAGCUGGCCGCGGCCGGCAACGCCGACAAUUUCACCUACUGCUGGCCGCGCGACUGGCUGGGCGACGACUGCCGGGACCUGCGCGUGCUCGGCGUCAACUACGAGACGACCCUGUCCAAGUGGAACGGCUGCUGCAGCCACGUGACCGAGAAGACGAACCUGGAGGAGCAGAGCGCGAAGCUGAUGGCCAGUCUGCUGCAGGCGGGGGUGGGCAAGAGGCCCGUGGUUUGGGUCACCCAUUCCAUGGGCGGGCUGCUGGUGAAGAACAUCCUGUGCAAGGCCUCUGGAAGCUCGGAUCCAGGCGUCCGUCGACUGAUCGACAACACCAGAGGAAUCGUGUUCUACAGCACGCCGCAUCUGGGCUCUAACCUGGCCACGUUCAAUCCCGCCAGUCAGCUGGUGCUGCGUCUCUCGAUCGAGGUUCAGGAUCUGAGGGAGAACUCUCCCCUGCUGCUCGACAUCCACAAGAGGUUCCUGAAGGUGCUCGAGGACAGUCCGAUACGGGUGAUCAGUUUCGUGGAGAGCAAGAAGACUUACUUUACCGCCCUCAAGUUCAACUUUCAGCUGGUCACUCCGGAGUCGGGCAAUCCGGGAGUGGGGGAAUAUUACGAGAUACCCCUGGAUCAUCUGGGGAUAUGCAAGCCUAUGUCGAAGUUUUCAUUUCUGUACAGAAGAGUGUACGAUUUUGUUCAAGAGGUCAUUGAAAGUACCUGAAUUAAUUAUGGUUCUGGAAACCAUUGUGCCAAAUGAAACUAGUGAUAAUAAAAAUUAGCUUGUUUUUGA